AUGAGACAACUCCAGUGUAUGAGCCCAAGAAAGAUAAAUUCAGGUGAGGAGCCUGGGAAGGAGACGAAUCCAGUUGAUGAGCCCAAGAAGGAGACAAUUUCAGAUGAGGAACCUGGGCAGGAGACAACUCCCAGUGAUAUGCCCAAGAAAGAGACAAUUUCAGAUGAGGAAUCCAGGGAGGAGACAACUCCAGUUGAUGAGCCCAAGAAGGAGACAAUUUCAGAUGAGGAGUCCAGGGAUGAGACAACUCCAGUUGAUGAGCCCAAGAAGGAGACAAUUUCAGAUGAGGAGCCUGGGGAGGAGACAAAUCCAGUUGAUGAGCCCAAGAAGGAGACAAUUUCAGAUGAGGAAUCCAGGGAUGAGACAACUCCAGUUGAUGAGUCCAAGAAGGAGACAAUUUCAGAUGAGGAGCCUGGGGAGGAGACAACUCUUGGUGAUGAGCCCAAGAAGGAGACAAUUUCAGAGGAGGAAUCCAGGGAUGAGGCAAAUCCAGUUGAUGAGCCCAAGAAGGAGAUAAUUUCAGAUGAGGAACCUGGGGAGCAGACAACUCCCAGUGAUGAGCCCAAGAAGGAUACAAUUUCAGAUGAGGAAUCCAGGGAUGAGACAACUCCAGUUGAUGAGCCCAAGAAGGAGACAAUUUCAAAUGAGGAAUCCAGGGAUGAGACAUCUCUUGCUGAUGAGCCCAAGAAAGAAAUAGUUUCAGAUAUGGAGCCUGGGGAGGAGACAAAUCCAGUUGAUGAGCCCAAGAAGGAGACAAUUUCAGAUGAGGAAUCCAGGGAUGAGACAACUCCAGUGGAUGAGCACAAGAAAGAGAUAGUUUCAGAUGAGGAGCCUGGCAAGGAGACAACUCCAGUUAAUGAGCCCAAGAAGGAGACAAUUUCAGAUGAGGAACCUGGGCAGGAGACAACUCCCAGUGAUGAGCCCAAUAAAGAGACAAUUUCAGAUGAGGAAUCCAGGGAUGAGACAACUCCAGUUGAUGAGCCCAAGAAGGAGACAAUUUCAGAUGUGGAAUCCAGGGAUGAGACAUCUCUUGCUGAUGAGCCCAAGAAAGAUAUAGUUUCAGAUAUGGAGCCUGGGAAGGAGACAAAUCCAGUUGAUGAGCCCAAGAAGGAGACAAUUUCAGAUGGGGAAUCCAGGGAUGAUACAACUCCAGUUGAUGAGUCCAAGAAGGAGACAAUUUCAGAUGAGGCGUCCAGGGAUGAGACAACUCCAGUUGAUGAGCCCAAGAAGGAGACAAUUUCAAAUGAGGAAUCCAGGGAUGAGUCAUCUCUUGCUGAUGAGCCCAAGAAAGAUAUAGUUUCAGGUAUGGAGCCUGGGAAGGAGACAAAUGCAGUUGAUGAGCCCAAGAAGGAGACAAUUUCAAAUGAGGAAUCCAGGGAUGAGACAACUCCAGUUGAUGUGCCCAAGAAGGAGAUAAUUUCAAAUGAGGAAUCCAGGGAUGAGACAUCUCUUGCUGAUGAGCCCAAGAAAGAAAUAGUUUCAGAUAUGGAGCCUGGGAAGGAGACAAAUCCAGUUGAUGAGCCCAAGAAGGAGACAAUUUCAAAUGAGGAAUCCAGGGAUGAGACAAAUCCAGUGGAUGAGCCCAAGAAGGAUAUAAAUUCAGGUGAGGAGCCUGGGGAGGAGACAAAUCCAGUUGAUGAGCCCAAGAAGGAGACAAUUUCAGAUGGGGAAUCCAGAGAUGAGACAACUCCAGUUGAUGAGCCCAAGAAGGAGACAAUUUCAGAUGGGGAAUCCAGAGAUGAGACAACUCCAGUUGAUGAGUCCAAGAAGGAGACAAUUUCAGAUGAGGAGCCUGGGGAGGAGACAGCUCUUGGUGAUGAGCCCAAGAAGGAGACAAUUUCAGAGGAGGAAUCCAGGGAUGAGGCAAAUCCAGUUGAUGAGCCCAAGAAGGAGAUAAUUUCAGAUGAGGAACCUGGGGAGCAGACAACUCCCAGUGAUGAGCCCAAGAAGGAUACAAUUUCAGAUGAGGAAUCCAGGGAUGAGACAACUCCCAGUGAUGAGCCCAAGAAGGAUACAAUUUCAGAUGAGGAAUCCAGGGAUGAGACAAAUCCAGUGGAUGAGCCCAAGAAGGAGAUAAAUUCAGGUGAGGAGCCUGGGGAGGAGACAAAUCCAGUUGAUGAGCCCAAGAAGGAGACAAUUUCAAAUGAGGAAUCCAGGGAUGAGACAUCUCUUGCUGAUGAGCCCAAGAAAGAAAUAGUUUCAGAUAUGGAGCCUGGGGAGGAGACAAAUCCAGUUGAUGAGCCCAAGAAGGAGACAAUUUCAAAUGAGGAAUCCCAGGAUGAGACAACUCCAGUUGAUGAGUCCAAGAAGGAGACAAUUUCAGAUGAGGAAUCCAGGGAUGAGACAACUCCAGUGGAUGAGCACAAGAAAGAGAUAGUUUCAGAUGAGGAGCCUGGCAAGGAGACAACUCCAGUUAAUGAGCCCAAGAAGGAGACAAUUUCAGAUGAGGAACCUGGGCAGGAGACAACUCCCAGUGAUGAGCCCAAUAAAGAGACAAUUUCAAAUGAGGAAUCCAGGUAUGAGACAACUGUCAGUGAUGAGCCCAAGAAGGAGACAAUUUCAGAUGAGGAAUCCAGGGAUGAGACAACUGUCAGUGAUGAGCCCAAGAAGGAGACAAUUUCAGAUGAGGAAUCCAGGGAUGAGACAACUCCAGUUGAUGAGCCCAAGAAGGAGACAAUUUCAGAUGUGGAAUCCAGGGAGGAGACAACUCCAGUUGAUGUGCCCAAGAAGGAGAUAAUUUCAAAUGAGGAAUCCAGGGAUGAGACAUCUCUUGCUGAUGAGCCCAAGAAAGAUAUAGUUUCAGAUAUGGAGCCUGGGAAGGAGACAAAUCCAGUUGAUGAGUCCAAGAAGGAGACAAUUUCAUAUGAGGAACCUGGGAAGGAGACAAAUCCAGUUGAUGAGCCCAAGAAGGAGACAAUUUCAGAUGGGGAAUCCAGGGAUGAGACAACUCCAGUGGAUGAGCCCAAGAAAGAGAUAGUUUCAGAUGAGGAGCCUGGGAAGGAGACAAAUCCAGUUGAUGAGCCCAAGAAGGAGACAAUUUCAGAUGAGGAACCUGGGCAGGAGACAACUCCCAGUGAUGAGCCCAAGGAGGAGACAAUUUCAAAUGAGGAAUCCAGGGAUGAGACAACUCCAAUUGAUGAGCCCAAGAAGGAGACAAUUACAAAUGAGGAAUCCAGGGAAGAGACAACUCCAGAUGAUGAGCCCAAGAAGAAGUCAAUUUCAGAGGAGGAAUCCAGGGAUGAGACAAAUCCAGUUGAUGAGCCCAAGAAGGAGAUAAUUUCAGGUGAGGAGCCUGGGGAGGAGACAGCACGUGAUGAUGAGCACAAGGAGACAGGUGCAGAUGUGGAAUCCAGGGAUGAGGCAAAUCUUGGUGCUGAGCUCAGUGAUGAGGCUAGUCCAGGAGUGGCACUGGUUGCCAUCCCAGCGUGUAUAGGCGCACUGGGGCUCACAGGAACCGACAUCGCCGCUGGCUCCAUCGCUGCCAAGAUGAUGUCAGCAGCUGCCAUUGCCAACGGGGGAGGAGUGGCUGCCGGCAGCACCGUGGCCGUGCUGCAGUCGGUCGGAGGUGCACGUAUGUCUCGUGAUAACAAAACUCAGCUGACAUCUGCACUGAGCAAAGUUGGUGUAGCAAGCAUUUUUCGGAUGUCCAAGAGAAUCAAAGCUAAAAUAAAGGACAAAAAUGUAAGUGACAAACCCAAGAAAAAGUAA